UUUUAUCACCAAACUCCUCAGUAAUGUGAUCCAAGUCAUUAUUUUAUUACUAUAAUAUCUAAAAAAAAGCUCUGCAAAUGUCUGUGAUAUUCUUUGAGCGCUGGAUGCAGAAGCAGCUAUCUUGUUUGUUUAUGUCUGUGUUAUCUAUGUGGUGUCUGUAUUCAUGAGAUACGCCCCUUUUUUUUCCGGCUUCUCUCGGCCAUUGAAUGGUUUUCUCGGCUUUUUCCGGAGAAAAAACGACUAGAGACCUGUUUUUUACGUCUUUUUGAUGAUGUCGGACAGGGUCCAACAUCAGACCGGAAAGGGAAAAUUGCAAUGUCCGACAUAGGACCGCAAAGGGUUAAAGUGGGCCACCAUUGUCACACAAGUGCCUAUUGUUUCUAUAUCACUGAUUACUGACUGAAAUUCUCACACCCAGAGGAUUUCAUGCAGGUAGGCAUAUAAAGGAUAUAAAUGAGCAAUCUUCAGGUGUUCUAAUAAAUGUGCACACUGCUGUAUAUGUUAAAGUAACUUCGUGAAUCUUACCUGUUUUGGCUAAAUAAGUCUCAAAUGUGCAGUUUUGACAGCACACCUGUAGUUUCAUUCUAAUGCAUGGUAUCUGGUACUACUGUAGGUUAAAGGAAUCUGUCCUUUUCUAUGCCUUAUUCUCGGGUUAUCUGUUUGCAUUUACACUUUCUGUUUUAAUUAUUAUACAAAUUUCUCAACAAAAUUAUUUAUGACAUUAAGUACAUAACAAUAAUAACCAAUUCAUAUUUUAGAACAUAUAUUUUAGUUUAAGGGCUUCUGUGACAGAAAGGCAAUGAUUUUUGGUGGUAAAUCUCCCUCCCGACCUGUGCUAAGUAACGGGAACAGAUUACUCUGGACUGCUUGGCCUGACACUUCAUUCCUAGGGUUAAAAGGAAGUCGUCAUUUAGAAAAGGGGCGGAGCUUCGGUACAUUAAUUCAUCGACCCGGAAGGGAAACGAUGUGGCAGCCAUGGAUUGGAGGAGCGGCUUCAAUCGUUUACCAAGCGGUCACGAGUAACGGUAUAAGUAGGGGACGAAGCGACGUAAUCUGUUCCUUUGUUUUGGUUUGAGAAAAAGAAUCCGGAAGGACCUGUGUUUUGUGUAUCCGUAUCGUGAGUGUUUGUUUGUUUUGUCUAACUGUGUCUUGUAAUUAGUAGAUGGCUAACACGUUCCGGAGCUGUCGCCAAGGGCCAGCACAAACCCGGAACAGCACUUCACUUGUAUCACAAACAACUGUAUUUGCAUCACAAGCACUAAUUCACGCACUAACAGACUUGUGUAUGUGUUUUGUGUUUCAUGUGGGUGUAUAAUAAAUGGGACUAUUAUUUCAGGACAAACCCGGGGAUUAUGAUAUGAGUAAUAUACGCCGCGUAUUACUUAGCAUCAUUUAUUUGUUUACUGUUUGUUUUGCUGUCAGGCACUGGACAUACAAACCCUGCACCUGCACACUGUUAACCAGUUUGCCACACGUGGUGUCAGAACACAGGAUCAUGGACCGCAACGCACUGGCAGAGCUGCUGGAGGCACUGGAUAGCAGACGGGAGGCAGAGGAGAACAGGAGGAGCGAUACAUUGCGCUCCUUGAGAAGGUAGGAAUGGCACUAACGCUGCACCCUACAGCAGAACCAACAAUGAUGGCCCCAAAAGCUUGGGUGCUGAAGAUGACGGCGGAAGAUGACCCAGAGGCAUAUCUGGUCGCAUUUGAGCGGCUAGCCACCACCGCGUCAUGGCCGUGGGAGUUCUCGGCAAGCCACCUGGGACCCUGCCUGAUCGGGGGGGGGGGGUCAGGCAGCAUACCAGGCACUGAGCAACAUGGACGCCACCAAUUACGACCUGGUGAAGCUGGCCAUUCUCCGUCGUCUCAACAUCACCGGGAGUACCAAAGGUCCCCAGACACACACCCCAGGGUGGUCGUGGAAAGGUUAUGUGACCACAUGGUACACUGGCUGACCCCUGCCAAGAAGACCAAUCUGCAAAUGGGGGAGGCAGUGGUAGUGGAGCAGUUUUACCAUGUGGUCGGCACCGAAACCCAAGCCUGGAUACGACGCCACAACCCUGACACCCUGGAAAAAGUGGUGAAACUGGCCGAGGACUUUGAAGACUCCCUGGUCUCCACCCAGACAUGGAUACUCCCGGCUCCCGUCCACCACAGCAGCCGAGCACCUCCUCCUCUAUCUCUCCCACCACCACCACCACCGGCACUGGGAUCCAGACCUCCGAGACCGCCGACCCCAAUGGGCCACCUUGCCUCCCCUUCAUGGAGACCAAGGUUGGCCCUCAGCCAGGGUAGAGGUGCUUCCCCUGCCCCGUUGCCAGAUCAGCAACGGGACAGAUAUCUAACCAGUGUGCCCUCUGUCCCCCCAGCUUGUUUAAGGUGCAACCAACCGGGACACCUGGCAAGGUCAUGCCCUGCUGCAAUGGAGUGUGACGUGACGGCGUGUAACUGGGCACCUGAAAUAGGUGUCACAGUACAAGAGAGACCUUACCGGAUCCUGGAAAGUCGACGAAGUGGAGUUCGCAAAGAGUUGUGAUUGACAGAACAGUUUCCCCUGCCCACACUGCUGCUUCAUGAUGACUGGCUACACUGUACAGCGAAUGUGGAGAGCAAUCGGGAAAGUCGGCUCGGUACAGCCACGGACUCUUCGGAGCAGUAUGGACACUUGCAUUGAAAUACAUGGGAGGCACGAUCUGGACACUCGUAUUGAAAUACAUGGGAGGCAAUCUGUUUUGCUUGUAGUCGCUCAAGUCGUGUAUGUGAUAUAAAAUGUUGUCCUGAAAUCAAUAUAUUUUGAUUGUAUUUGAUUAUAUGACUAAUCACGGAAUCUAGUCUCAAAGCCAGAAUCUUACUAAAGAUUAUAUAAUAUUGGAUUAUAAUUGGAUUAUAAUCUCCAACUAACUGUAAUUGACCUGUUCAUAGGUACAUUUUGGUAAUUGUAAUUUACUUAGAAAAUCCUGAAUAGGAGCUCCCGAGUGGCUCAUCUGAUAAAGGCACACAGCCCUGAGUGCAGGAUGCGCCCUACAACUAGGAGAUCGCUGAUUCAAAACCAAGCUAUACCGCAGCCGACUGUGGGCGGGAGUUCCCAGGGGGGCGGCGCACAAUUGGCCAAGCGCUGCCCGGGUGAGGUAGGGGUUAGGUCGGCUGGGGAGUCCUUGGCUCACCGCACACUAGCGACCCCUGUGGCUGGCUGGGUGCCUGCAGGCCGGCCUGUACGUAGUUCAGAACUACGUGGUCCUCAGACGCUGUAAGUUCAGGAUAUGGCUGCACGGCAGGCUUGUAGAGUGAAAAAAAAAAAAGCAGACGACUGACGGUACUCGUUUUCGGAGGACGCGAGUGCUCAUCUUCGGCUCUCCCGAGUUAGUUCGGGUGUUGCAGCGGUGAGCCAGGUUGAAUAAUAAUUCAGUAAAAUUGGGAGAAAAUUGGAAAAUGGAUAAAAAAAAUAAAAACAUAAAUCCUUAACAGAAGUAAGGAGAUCUGAAUUACAGAAGACUGAAACUAAAAACCAAAGUUGGUACAUGAUGUUACCAUCUGAAUUUAAGAUUAUUUGUACAUGUGCUCUGUUUCUAAAACUGAUGAUUAGCAAGAGCUAUGCACAUUUAAUUGCAAAGAAUGGAUUUGUUUCUAUGGUUCAAAUAGCAAGUUGGUCUUUUGUUUAUAUUUUGAAUAAUUCAAGACAGAUUUUCUUCUUCAUAAACUAUACAAUUAUAUUUCUUUUUUAGUAGUACAGUGCACUCUGUUUAUAGGAAUCACAUCCGACCGAGUGAUUCUUAUAAGCGGUUGAUUCUUACAAGUAGACCGAUAUGAUUACUGCAGUGAAGUGCUGCAGAAUCAGUACAGUAUGUUAGUUAGAGAAUGAGAAGAGCUUUUCUCCCUGCAGUGUAAUGGAUUGACCACUAGAUGUCAUGAGUUCUUGCAUGUAUGCACGCCUCCGGAAAAUCCAUAGUUCUUCCCUUAACAAGUUAACUGCUUGUUAAAGAUAAUGACACUGCGAUAAAAAGGGCUUAGCCGAUAGCUUUGUGAUGAACAUAUAGAGGAGUAAAGAAGUGGAAGCAUGCAUGUAUGAGGAAGCAGAAGAUAGAUAAAGAAAUCAAAACCAAAGAGCGAGUAAGAGAUCUGUUUGUUCCAGUUCUAUACUGUGCAAAUAAGUAAAGUAGCCACAGUAUAUGUGUAGUUUAGUUAUUUUGUUUGUUUUGUUAUUAGCGGUUGUAU